AUGUCCUUCUCCAGCCUCGUCCAGGACCUUAGCCUCUCGACGGCCGACGACCGGACCUCGCGCAUCUCGCGGGCCAUGUCGUACGCCAGCACUGCCGCGACCAGCGUCAGCAUCUCGGGCGACAUCUCCAGCCAGCUGCAUGGAGGCUAUUUCCACCCUUUGGCCCGCUCCUGGCAGGCCGAGCGCCAGUUGACAAAGUCCAUGCUGAUUUAUCCCCUCUUUGUCACCGACGGCGAAGACGACAUGAUCCUGGUCUCCUCCCUACCGGGCCAGCAUCAGCUCAGCGUCAGCCGCCUCGUCUCCUUCCUCGAGCCUUUGGUCCACAAGGGCCUGCGUUCCAUCAUGCUCUUCGGCGUGCCCCUCAAGCCCGGCUCCAAGGAUGCCCUCGGCAGCGCCGCCGACGACCCCGAGGGCCCCGUCAUCCAGGCCAUCCGCCUCAUCCGCCGCCGCUUCCCCCAGCUCUUCAUCUGCACCGACGUCUGCCUCUGCGAGUACACCUCCCACGGCCACUGCGGCAUCCUGCGCGACGACGGCAGCCUCAACAACCAGCUGUCGGUCGACCGCAUCUCGGAUGUCGCCGUGGCCUACGCCAAGGCCGGCGCUCACUGCGUGGCCCCGUCCGACAUGAACGACGGCCGCAUCCGCGCCAUCAAGCUCAAGCUCAUUGAGGAGGGAAUCGCGCACAAGACAGUCCUAAUGUCGUACUCGGCCAAGUUCUCGGGCUGCCUGUACGGGCCCUUCCGCGACGCCGCCGGGUCUGCGCCCUCGUUUGGUGAUCGCAAGUGCUAUCAGCUGCCCCCGGGCGGUCGCGGUCUCGCCCGCCGGGCCAUUGUCCGCGACAUUGGAGAGGGAGCCGAUAUCAUCAUGGUCAAGCCCGCCAGCCAGUACCUCGACAUCAUCAGCGAUGCCAAGGACCUGGGCAAGGACUUGCCCAUCGCCGCCUACCAGGUCAGCGGCGAGUUUGCCAUGAUCCACGCCGGCGCCAAAGCGGGCGUCUUUGACCUCAAAACGAUGGCCUUUGAGUCGACCGAGGGCAUCCUGCGGGCGGGCGCCACCAUUGUCGUCAGCUACUUUACGCCUCAGUUCCUGGACUGGCUUGAGCAUUAA